GCGUUUUUGACGCGUGUGCGCCAAGGAGAGAAGUUUAGUUUAGGUGCUUUUUCGUAGCGCAUGCGCCCACAUUAAAGCCGAUACGGCGGGCGCCCAGUGAAGGUGUUGUCUUAUUUUUCUCUCUCCUCCACUGGCUUCACUCUCCUGUUCUCCUUUUAUUAUUAUUUUUUUUUUUUUACCACUGUAACACAACUCUCUCUCGAACGAAAAACGGUGGAUCCGGUGGCCGGGGUUGAGCGAACGAUCAGACGCUCUCGAUGUGCGUGGGAGAGGAGACUUUGGCGCAAUUGAUGUUAACGGGGAACGAGAAUGAGAGGAGUCAAAAUAAAAAUCGGUGAAUUACUAUGCGCCGAACGAUUUGUUGAAUUAUGAGGCUUUUAAUUCAACCGAGAUAUUGAACAAUUAACACGUGAUUGUUAGCCGUGAUUAUAAGCGUGAUAACAGUAUUCAGUAGGUACGAAAGUGUGUGGUCAGACCGAUCAGUUUAUGCUGUGAUGAGGAAUCACAUUGCACCGGUGACCAGCGUUUGAGUGACUGCUGAGUUUUUAGUUUUGGGAGAAGUGACGAGAUUUUGGAAAUUUUUAAGUGACUCCUGGGGGUUUCGAUAGCUUAGGGGUGGGAGGCGUGACGUGAUACUACUUGACUACUGCCGUCAUUGACGUGUCAGUGAUAUCUCCGUUGGAGUUUCAGGCAGAAACGGGAGAAGAGAUCACCGGGAAAACGAAUGGAUCGAUUGAGGAGAAGCUUCAGGGACAGCUUUCGGAGAAGGAAAGAUGCACAUAUUCCGGAGUCUAGUAAACCCCAUCAGUGGCAGUCCGAUGAGAGUGCUGUGAGAUCUGCUACUUGUGCAUUUCAUGUUAAAUAUUUGGGUUGUGUGGAAGUGUUCGAGUCUAGGGGAAUGCAGGUCUGCGAGGAGGCACUGAAAGUACUGAGGAAUUCGAGAAGAAGACCCGUGAGAGCGAUACUGCAUGUCUCGGGUGAUGGAUUGAGGGUGGUUGAGGAUGAAACUAAAGGUCUCAUUGUCGAUCAAACUAUCGAGAAAGUUUCAUUCUGCGCACCUGACAGAAACCACGAGAAAGGAUUCAGCUAUAUCUGCAGAGAUGGAACCACCAAGCGAUGGAUGUGUCAUGGGUUCUUGGCACUGAAAGAGACGGGAGAAAGAUUAAGCCACGCUGUGGGAUGUGCAUUCGCCGCUUGUUUGGAGCGGAAACAACGUAGGGACAAGGAGUGCAGUGUCACCAUGACCUUUGACACCCGGACCUCGACAUUCACGAGAAGUGGCAGUUUCAGGCAACCGAGUCUUACGGAAAGGCUGCAGGAUAGUCGAGAAAGAGCAGUUGAUGUUCCACCAGUCAGACAAGUGCACAACCCCUUUGCAAUAGAACGGCCACAUGCGACCCCAUCAAUGCUGGAACGCCAGGGGUCAUUCCGUGGAUUUAAUCAAUUGAAUCAGGCAUCACCAUUCAAACGACAACUGAGUCUGCGCGUCAAUGAUCUUCCCAGCAAUUUAGAACGGACACGUAGCCAUAGUUUAGAACCCACCGAUCUCACACGUCUGCCACCGCUGCCGCACAUAAUGCCCCUUAGACCUCCAGACUUUGAUGGAUAUGGCGAAGUGAGUCCGAUACCUGAAAUAUCGCCCAGUGGACAGGACAGUCUCUCAGCACUGUGCGCACACAUAUCCCAUGAUCUCCAACUUUUAUCGAGACAAGAUGACUUUGGACCGCUGCCAUCAAACUCGGCGUUGAACUCUGCAACAGAGCAACUAUUCACAUCCACUACUACAGCACAAGUGAAAACCAGUUCAUCCCUCGACGAUCUGAACCUUCAGAACGACUCGAGUACUUUGAACAACAACAUAAACAAGAAUUCAAACAUAAAUAAUAAUGACGAGGACAUGAACGUCACUAUAAGCACAACCCAAGUUGAAGUGACCUGGAGAGAUGGCCAGUCCCCAGUGAUAACGAACCCCCGGCUCACUCCAGUUCUCAACUCCACCUGCAAUUUGACACCAAUAAUGAGCAGAAGCCACGCCACGACAUUAGUAUCGACACCAGCCCUCUCAGGCAGUGCAGUGGGUCCCUUCGGUACUCCCCCAACAGGCAGUCCAGCCUUCAGCACAGCUUCCACCUCCUCCAUGGGUAGUUCCAUCCCCUCAACCGCCAACAGAUCCCCCAUCCCCAUGAAUCAAAUAACUCCAGUGACAAGUUCACCAAAUGUCAGUGGAUCGACAACAAUCUCCACCGAUACAAGCGCCAUUGAAAAAAUCACUACGACAGACCUACCGAGACCUGAUCAGUGGCUUGGCAGUGUCACUGGUGCUGUGGCACCUGUGCAAACACCCAGAAGAGCACCACCUCUUCAUGCACGAGCGUUGUCACUGGGCUCGGCAAAUGUACCCGGUUCUACUGGUGCUAGACCCAAUGAUCCAUUUGACGCCGAAUGGGCAGAAAUAGCAGCCAGAAAUCUCAGACAAGCCAAUGCUGCUACCAAUCCAUUCAUUGUUCCCAAUGCAACUCAAGCCUUUCAGGUGCAAUUGUAGCGUCAGGAAUUUACUAACAGCAUCGCUGAUUUCUACAGAAAGUUUAUUUAGGAAGAAUAGGGGAGGCUUCUCUGAGGUGGCAAAUUGAAAAUUUAAAAAUAUGACCUUCGCGUCCUGGUUAUUCUUUAUAUUUUUAUUGUUCGACAUUUUCCUCGAUUGCCCGUUCAAUUUGACGCUGGCCUGGGGCCUCUGAAAAUUGUGAUUAUAGACAGGCUUGGAAGAAGAUGAGAAAAACCUAGCGAUUUUGUCAGACAAGUCGAUUAGUAGUUUUUCGUUGAAAUGCAAUUUUUGCCACCUCAGUGAUGAAAAAAAGCUCAUUUUCGAAAUGAAUAUAAUCCGAAAUAACCGUGCACUGUGGUAUACUCUUGAGCUAGUCCUAGAAGCGCACAAAAGCACAGUUACUUACGACUAAAGAUGAAUAACUUAAUAAAAAAUUUAAAUAAAGAACGAGAAAAAAUAAACUCGACUAAUGAGAUAUUAUGACCAACCGCUUUCAGUCGAAUAUGAGCGGCACUUGUUGAUAUAUUACGCUUUAAUGCCGCAUUUGUGUACUAAAUAAUUAAAAUAUAAUGCUGAUGGAUAUGUAAAAAAGAGAUUAAUGAACAAAAUGAGGCGAGAAAAAUUAGGAGAAAUUGAUUUGAAAAAUCAGUUCUUUUGCGAUGAUGGAAAAAUGACAGGGGGGGAAUUAUUAUAUUUAUAUGCACUAUCAAGAAAAACUCUGCACGACGUUGAUUAUUAAAAAUUGAUAAAAGGAGAAUGCAUAAUGAUGUACUUAGGCUUCCUUCCUAGAAAAUCGAUUUAUAUAAAUAAAUAGUUGAUAACCUACAGGCAUGGAAAUGAAAUUAUAAAGAGAACACUCGUACAGUAUUUGAUCGAGUUAACAAUAAUCGAUUUAUUAACCGUUGGGCUCAUUGUUACAAACAAAAACAAAUAUAUAUUAUAUAUGAAGAUAAUGAGUAAUGACGUCGUGAGGGGGAUGGGGUAGAAUGGAAUUGUUUGCUGAGAAAAAUGUCAGAGAUGAUUCAAAACUUCGAUCGCGGAAUAAUGAAAAAAAACCAUCGAUGAAAUUUCUUGUGAAAAAGGAGUCGGGAUUUCUUGAAACAAAUUUUCUCAAAUAAUGCCAUUGCCUUUGACAAAUUCUAUGAAAAGUUGUAAAGCUAGAUUCAGCCAGUUUUUACUAGAUAUUUCAUAGACAAAGAUCAAAGGACAAUUAAUUUUUCUAGAGCAUGCUGUGGACAUUUGUUUACAUUUCAUUAUACUUGUUGAAUUUUUUUUUCAUAAAAUAGAUGAAACGAGAAAAAUUGCGUAUAGGAUGAAUCAACAGCAAUAGAUAUUGUUCAACAGUAAUUCUUUUUCUUUGAAUAAUCCGUAUUGAAAAAAAUCAUCCUAUCAAAAAUCUUUAUUGAAAACCAAUAAAAAUAAAUCAACAUUUGUUUAAUAAAAUCAAUGGACAUCAGGAGCUUUUUCCAUUGAAUUAAAAAAAAAUCUUGGAUGAAUGUUCAGCAGGCCCGGAACGUCUUCAUGCUGUUCGACAUUUUUGUCAGACCGAUCUAUGAAUCAAAAAAAUGUUUAAAUGAUCCAUUUUGCCCCAACAUGCACGCAAAUUUUAUCAGUAUUGGCGUCACGUGGCUUUCUACCCAGAGAAUAAAACUAGGGACGCACCUUUUUGGAUUAUCUUUUUAUCGAAAAAAAUCUGGUGAAAUUGCAAGGAAAGUGAUGCAGAAGACGAUCAAAAUGUAUGGUGGAUAUGAACGAUUGCCUCAAGUGGAAAAGAAGCUGAGUGUGAAUUUUUUUUAGAUAAAAAAUUCCAUUUCUUUUGGACGCUUCCCAACUUUAUUAUAUAUGCAUUGUACAUAGAAAAACUAGUUAUUUAAUUAACUAUAAAUUAAAUGAUUGUACAUUACGGGGAAUUUAUUUGGAAAACUCAAGAAUUGAGAAUUAAGCGUCGGAGAAAUGGCAGAUCACUCAUGAAUGAUGAGAUUUUUUCAAUUUAAAAGAGCGAUAAAUUUAUCAUGUACUUACCCGAGCUGCUGUGCUCCUAUGAUAACUGGUAAGACUUAAAGGAGACUAUGAAUACAUAUUAAAAUAAUGCAGGUAUUAAACUUCAGUUUUUUACUCUUCACGUGGGCAAAAAGUUAUAGCAAACAGAGCGAAACAUAUUAUGGAGAUGAAAUUAGUAGAAUCAGAUUCUACUGAUAUUUCUCCAUAAAAUCGUUUUCCCUAAAUAUUUUCCAUUAAAAAAAAUAAAGAAAA